GCAGUUAACGACGCGACACGCUGAUGAAGCGAUGAACGCAGGGCAGCAGACGACGAGGCGGCUGGCCUCGAGAGCAGGUCAAUCAAUAUGCCGCUCAUGUAAAGACACCCGCGCCCGCAACUAUGCCUCAGCAGCGGCAGCAGCCGUGCAGACCGAAGAUCAGAUUGCGCAGCAUGUGCCCCCCGUUGCCCAAAUAUCCCCCUCAACCUCCUAUGCUGUAAACGCAGGCGUCGUCCUCUCUCGACCUCCGCAAAUAACACGCGAUCUACACCCCUUCGAAUCCGCCUUCUUCCUGUACCAGCGGCGUCUUAAUGAGCGACUAGCCCUCCCAUUCACGCGAUACUUCUACUUUAAAAAGAGGACACCAGCGGAUCUAGAAUGGAAAAGGAAGAUGAGGCAGCGAUUGACACCAGCGCGGGAUAUCGGACGAUAUAAAGGGUACGGGGAAGAAGCGUGGAAUGACGAGAUCCUUGUUGGCGCAAAGGAGAGCGACCUCCAAUGGCAGGUCGAGCGACUGUUGAAAGAUUCCGAGCAGAGCGGAAUAGAAGGACAAGUCGAGGAGGGCGGUGAGGGGUCCAGCACCCCAAAUGCUGGCAAAAAAGUCGAACAUGAGCCGGUGGAGAGACCCAUGCCAAGAGUCACGGAAGCUGAUUUAAAGAACGACGUCAAGAGCUUGAACCGGGCGCUGCAGAGAACACUAUAUCUGCUCGUCAAGAACAAGGAGGGUCAUUGGAUGUUUCCGCAGGACAAAUUGGCCAAUGAGACUCUGCACGCCGCAGCACACCGCAUCCUCGGUCUAGCCGGCGGUGUGAACAUGAAUACCUGGGUCGUCGGCAAUGUGCCCAUUGGCCACCACCAGCAAGACUACCUCGAGCCUACGAAGACCGCUUCAGGUCUCAAUGAAUUUGGCCUGAAGACCUUCUUUAUGAAAGCGCGCAUCAUGGCCGGCCAAGCCAACUUGAAGGACAACAAGCUUGGUCUCACGGACUUUAAAUGGCUAGCGAAAGACGAGAUCCAGAAGGAGGUCGACCGGAAAUACUGGCAAUCGAUUAAGAAUAUGCUCGCCGAGCGGUAAAUAUGCGAAAGCUUUAGGCAGUUUGUAGAAUAGGUACGGGUCUUGUAGAAUCAUUGUACAGUAUGC